GGGAUACAUUGGACUGCUGUAAGUUUGAAACAAGAGGAGUCUCAUUUUGGUCAAACUCUACCACCCGGUAAUCAGUUCAUUUUCUUUCUCCUCUUAUAACCAACCUUUCGGAGAGGAUAUUUUUAAUUGUGGUGAUACGUCGUCAUUAAUUUUGGACAUGGAGAUGGGGGAUGAUCCAUGGUCGGACGAAAAUUCGUUCGUCUCCACCCAGAGGACAACCAAGAGAAAACGAUCAGAGGAGAAAGUUGCAGACGAGGAGGAAGAGAAAGUUCCCAAAGCAGGAACAUCCAUCCCUCUCGUACCUAAUACAUCGAAUAUUGAAAAGGGGAAGAAGAAGAAGUCUACUCCUGUCAGACUAGUCGUUGAGAAGAAGAAGCACCCCCUUGCUCCCAUCGGGAAACUUAAUCCCCCUGCUACGAAGGAUAAAGAAAAUCACGGAAAUUAGUGAAGCGCGAGACGAUGUAGAUUUUCAACCUGUUGGAUGGACAUUUCUUCCUCAAGAUGAAGAUAUGGAUGUUGAUGAAGAAGGUUAUUUGAGGGAUGGGAGGGGGGUGAUUGUAAGAGAAGGCGAAUUACCAGAGAAAUUUCAAACGAAAUACAUUGGUUCUUCAGCGAAGAGCGGGACUAAAGUCAAAGGAUCUACCGAUAAAACAAAGGUGGAAUUGGCCGAGAAGACGAUUCUACAUUUGAUUGGGUUUGAUCCUGACACCUCUCCUGCCAGUAACAUAUACGAAGAUUCGCCCGACUGGGUCUUGACUCCUCAAGGAGUGAAAUUGACGGACGAACAGAGGGAAAUACUUUUCCAAAAGAUUUUUGCCGCAGGUGGCCGUGUACCCCUCAUUGGAAAACCCGAGCUGAGCAUUAUUAUUCACAAAUCGCCAACCAACAAAGUAAUCCAUUUAUGUUUAGAGCUUGUAGAGGAAGGAAUUUAUAAGGCCAGAAGAUUCUGCACCGAACCAGGAUGUUACACCUACGACAGAACACUUGCUUCUGACAUCCAUCCGAAGUGUUCUAUCCAUAAAGAUCGAUCAUUCCAUGCGGUAUUCAAAGUGACAGACUACACAAAUAGGUCAACCCUAGUUCAGUUACAUACAAGAAUUUUCAUCUCUGUCAACCACAAUGCCACCGAAUUAGAAAAAUACCAGGAGGCGGAAUUAGUUAUGUGUCGCAGGAUCAUUGACAACAAACUAUGGAUGAAAUAUUGCAACCCCGAUAAAUUACUAACCGAGGAUGAUGAAGAUGAUGAGGACGUUGAACAUGAAGAAAAAGACGAUGAAACCACAAAAUAUCGUCAUAUUCCGAGAUCCAUUUCUAGGGACUACUUUGAGAAUGAAGAGGACGCUCUCAAGAAGUUGGCACUCGAGUCGACGGUUGGUAUGUUUAUGAAGCUUGCCCCGGGGACACAACCUUUCAACAAUCUUGAUGAUAUCAUCCCCUUCGUUUAUGGGAUGGAGGGCGAAUUGGACGAGCGUUUAAAAGAGUUGGGGAUGGAAUUGAAGAUUCGACGAUCACUCCCACCAGAUGAACAAAAGAAAGUUCCAUAUCCAUUUCCUGGAGAAUAUUUAUUUGGCUCGACAGUACCACAACAGGCCGAGAAAGGGAAAUCGUUCCUCUACGUCAUCAUGUCAAGAGAGAUGUGGUAUUUUGGCUGGUCAGAUACCCCCGGGUUUGAGAAACGUCUGAAGGUUGGGACUAAGACUGAUGGUGCAAGUAUGUACUAUAAUUUAACACGUUCAGAACCUCGUCCCCCCACUGUUACCUGUUACUUGAUUGGAAAGUGUGAUGAUGCAGAUAAGAAGAUUAUUGAGGCUAAAUUAAUUACUUCUGGUUAUGUUGCUUAUUUGCUUGGUCUACAUAACCCUGUCCGCACUGUCCCUUCUCCACGAGGUUACUCUAUAAACAAGUGUGUCUCUUUAUAUCUUCUAGAUUCUAAUUCCUGGAAGGAAAUUUGUGCUUUUGUUGCCCUUUUCUGGGGUUAUGAACCAAUGCUGGCAAAAUAUGUAACUGUAGAAUAAUAUGAUUUGCAAAUGAAAUAAACUUAUAAACUUAUGCGAAAAUACUUGAUAAAAA